AUGAAGUGGCUAAUUCUGGCUCUAGUAUGCCUUCACCUCAGUGAGGCUAUUAUCAAAAUCCCCUUAAAAAGAUUCAAGUCCAUAAGGCAAGUGAUGGGGGAAAAAGGUGUCGAUGGACCACUCCUACACAAGUAUUAUGAUCCAGCCAGCAAAUAUAUCAAUAAUUUUGCCAUUGGUGAGGAGCCCCUUGCUAACUACAUGGAUAUGAGCUAUUAUGGAGAGAUCAGUAUUGGAACUCCACCCCAGAACUUCAUGGUUCUCUUUGACACUGGGUCAUCCAAUCUCUGGGUGUCAUCCGUCUAUUGCCAGAGUCCGAGUUGCGAAAACCAUCCAUUAUUUAAUCCCAAUGAGUCUUCUAGUUAUUCCAGCAAUGGACAAACUUUUUCUCUACAGUAUGGAAGUGGUAGUCUCACUGGGGUCUUUGGCUAUGAUACUGUAACAAUCCAAGGCAUCUCUAUUACCAAUCAAGAAUUUGGCCUAAGUGAAACUGAGCCUGGCACUGCUUUUCUCUAUGCGAAAUUUGAUGGCAUCCUGGGUUUGGCUUAUCCCUCCAUUUCUUCUGGUGGUGCCACCACUGUAAUGCAGGGAAUGAUCCAGGAGAAUCUGAUUGAUGCUCCUGUUUUUAGCUUUUACCUGAGUCAGCAGCCAAGCGUUCAGAAUGGUGGUUCACUUAUAUUCGGAGGAGUCGAUUCCAGUCUCUACUCUGGUCAGAUUAACUGGAGUCCAGUCACCCAAGAAGAGUAUUGGCAAAUUGCGAUUGAUGGAUUCCUGGUCAACAACCAGGAAACCAAUUGGUGUAGUCAGGGGUGCCAAGCGAUUGUGGAUACCGGAACAUCCCUACUCGCUAUUCCUGGGCAGUUCUUUGGAAACCUGAUGCAGAACAUUGGAGCUCAGCAAAGCAACAAUGGCCAGUUUGCGGUUAACUGCAGUAACAUUGAAUACAUGCCGACCAUCACAUUUGCCAUCAAUGGAGUUUAUUACCCCCUGAGUCCAUCUGCCUAUACCCUUCCAUAUGAUGGUGACUAUUGCGAGAUCGCCAUCAUGUCUACUUACCUGUCAUCCCAGAAUGGGCAAUCUCUAUGGAUCCUUGGUGAUGUCUUCCUCAGGGCCUACUACUCCGUGUACGACUUGGGCAACAACCGGAUUGGCUUUGCAGCAGCAGCAUAAACAUAUCCAACACUCUUGUGCAGGGUUUUUCAUCUGCAAAAAUCUUCCACUAAAAAUGAUAAUAAAUCAAAGUUGAUUUCUUCCCCAAAGUAACUGGAAGCAAAUAAAGAAUGAUUAUGCAAAUGACAGUCUUAUGUGUGAAGUUUUACUUGGCCAACUGUGAGAGCAUGGUACAGGAGAGAUGGUUGGAAGAAACAUGGCAUCUCAAUGUUUCCUUUGAACAACAGAAUUCCUCUAUUUAU